GGUCAUUACCAUACUGGUGACAGCUAAUUUAUUACAGGGUCUUACUGGGUUAAAGAAAAAGACAAGCACUGUGUUUUCCAAACGAUUUCAUUUAGUCUGCUUACCCUGACUUUCUUCCAAUAACAACAGCAUACAUAUUGAAGGACUAUGGACCAGUGGAACGCAACCGAGAUGGAUGAAGAAGCUCCUACCCUUACUGAAGACAAACUGUGGAAAAACUUCAACAGAGAAAUGGAGGGCGAGUUCCACAGCCAUUUGAGUGAGCGAGUGCGGCCCUACCUGGACCUCAUCGAUAACCUGCGUCUGAUGGGUAUUGACGAUGACAUGACCCUGCCAGCCAUCGCUGUGAUCGGGGACCAGAGCUCAGGGAAGAGCUCCGUGCUGGAGGCCCUGUCAGGAGUGGCCCUGCCCAGGGGAAGUGGCAUUGUGACUCGAUGUCCUCUGAUGCUGAAGCUGAGGAAACAGCUGGCAGGGCAUCAGUGGAAAGCCAUCAUCUCAUACCGAGACAAGACCACCGAGUUCACAGACCCCUCUCUGGUGGAGGACUACGUCAGCCGAGCCCAGAAUGAGUUGGCUGGAGACGGCGUGGGGAUCUGUGAGGAGCUGAUCAGUCUGGAGAUCAUGUCAUCUGAGGUGUGUGACCUCACUCUGAUUGAUCUACCUGGCAUUGCACGAGUACCUGUCAAAGGCCAACCUGAAGACAUUGCAGACCAGAUUAAAAGACUCAUUAAAAGCUUCAUUGAAAAGAGUGAAACCAUCGUCUUGGUGGUAGUUCCGUGUAACGUCGACAUAGCAACAACAGAAGCUCUGAAAAUGGCACAGGAAGUGGAUCCAGAGGGGAAAAGAACUUUGGCAAUCUUGACCAAACCAGACCUUGUCGAUCGUGGCACAGAGAAGAAUGUUUUGGAUAUUGUAAACAAUCGUGUUAUCCCGCUGAGCAAAGGCUACAUUGUUGUCAAGUGCCGCGGCCAACAGCAAAUUCAGGACAGAAUUCCUCUGGCUGAGGCUACCAGGAUGGAGAGAGAUUUCUUCAAACAACACAAGCACUUUAGAUGUCUUCUGAAUGAGGAGAGGGCCACAACGCAGUGCCUCGCCACCAAACUGAGUCAAGACCUGAUAGAACACAUAAAGAAAGCUCUACCAGGAUUGUCAGAGCAGGUGAAGACGGAGCUCUAUGAGUCCAGAAAGUGGUUGAGUGAAUGUACCGAGGGCCCCCCACCAGAACCUGUUGACAAGAAGGCCUACCUCAUAGAGAUCUUAACCACGUUCACUGGGAAGAUCAACAACUUAACUACUGGUGAAGUGGUGAAUGACGAAAACUUAUUCGUGAUCCUGCGCAGCUUUUUUCAGAAGUGGAAAGAUGAACUUGUGAACAGUAAAGAGUCGUAUGCCCAGAUGGUGCAGGACGUGGCGAAGGAGUACGACCUGAAGCACAGAGGAAGAGAGCUUCCAGGCUUCAGUGACUACAAGGUGUUUGAGAUGGUCGUGCAGAAACUCAUGAUGAAACUUCUGGCUCCUGCAAUAGAGACAUUGAGAAUCAUCAGAGAGGCUGUCCAGACUCAACUCAGUGAUGUCUCAAAAUCAUGCUUCACAAACUAUCCGUUCCUUCAGUGUGUGGCAAUGAACAAGAUAGACAAGAUCCAGUCGAAACAGGAGGGCAAAGUGUCGGAGAGAAUCAAGGAGCAGUUUGAGAUGGAGAAGCUAGUCUACACCCAGGAUAGCAUCUACUUCAGAUCUCUCACCAAGAUGGACGAGACUAACCCGGUGGACUGGGCUGACUUUGACAGCAGGAAUAAAUACCCAGAAAUGCUGCAGGCAUACUAUGAGAUUGUGAUCCAGCGUCUGGCAGACCAGAUCCCGAUGCUGAUCCAGUUCUUCCUGCUGAAGGAGUCUGCUCGUGUGCUGUGCCAGGAGAUGCUGAGCCUGAUAGACGGGGUGGACUUGGACAAGGCCCUGUGCGAGAACUCGGACGCCGGCCGACGCCGUAAUGAUCUCCAGAGUCGCAUCGAGCGCCUCAGCCUGGCCCAGGAGAAGCUCAGCCACUUCAUAUGAGGAGCUCAGCUCAGACACUUCAUAUGAGGAGCUCAGAUACUUCAUAAAAAGAGCUCAUUCCAUAUGAUGAGAUUGACCAUAAAACAGUAAUGUAUAGAAGACACUUUACUUUGAGGACUAAGGCUCUUAAUAUGAAGAGCUCAGCUACUUCAUAUGAGGAGCUCAGCUCAGACCCUUCAUAUGAGGAGCUCAGCUCAGACACUUCAUAUGAAGAGCUCAGCUCCUUUGUAGCAUAACACAGUAGUGUAUAGAAGCCAUUUCGGAAACACUUUACUUAAAGGCCAUUCUACAGUGCAUGUGAUGAGCGCAUUGAUGAAUUAUAAUCAUACUUGGUCACAAUGCAUUAUGGCUACACUCAUAAUGCUUCAUGAUGUAUUAUAUCAAGAGUUAUAACUGUACAUAUAGCUAAUGCCUUAUAAAUCAAAGGUCAUUAUAU